UUGAGUUACAGUCAUUGGUAUGAGUGCUCGCUGUUUUGCAGAUCUGCAGGUGUUUGCGUGUUAGUUUUGUGAUGUAUCACCAGCCUGUGCUGAAGAACAGGCGCACUCUUCUCGAGAGGGCAGAGAAAUUUGUCUCUGAUAUUUACUUCACAGACUGUAAUCUGAGAGGACGGCUCUAUGGAGACUCUCACCCACUGGAAUCCCUCACCUCCCUCUUGUCCCCUAAACGGAUCACAUUCACAGAAGCUUCCAAGCAGAACUUUUCCCCUUAUAAAGUUGGCGAUACCUUUGGACCGACGUGGUGGACUUGCUGGUUUAAGGUGACCCUGAAAAUCCCUGAAUCCUGGAGAGGGAAAGAGGUUCAUCUUCUGUGGGAAUGUGAUGGGGAAGCAAUGGUAUGGAGAGAUGGACAGCCAGUACAGGGGCUGACUAAAGAGGGUGAAAAGACGAGUUACAUCCUAUCUACCUGUCUGAAUGAUGAGGAGCCACACAGUGUCACCCUUUAUGUAGAGAUGGCCUGUAAUGGGCUUUUUGGAGCUGGUCAAGGGUCCAUGAUUGCAGGUCCAGAUCCGAACAGGAAGUUCUCUGUGCAGAGAGCUGAGUUGGUGGUAUUUAACCGCGCUGUAAGGGAGCUGCUGACAGAUUUUGAGUUGCUUAUUGACAUUGUGAAGGAACUAGGAGAGGAAGAGCAGCGAGGCUACCAGGCACUCUUCACUGUGAAUGAGAUGGUCAACCUAUGUGACCCCUCUGAUCACGGCUCUUUCUCGAAAACACGCAGUUUGGCUCAUAACUUCCUCAGCCAACGAAACGGGGAAAGCCAGCACAUUGUCCAUGCAAUGGGUCACUGCCACAUAGACUCAGCCUGGCUGUGGCCUUAUGAAGAGACCAUUCGCAAAUGUGGCCGAAGUUGGGUGACGGUGAUCCGUUUAAUGGAGAAGAACCCAGAGUUUGUGUUUACUUGCUCUCAGGCCCAACAGUUCCAAUGGGUGAAGAGCUGGUACCCAGGACUCUUCUCCCAGAUCCAGCAUUACGUGAAGAAAGGCCAGUUCAUUCCAGUGGGAGGAACGUGGGUGGAAAUGGACGGCAAUCUGCCCUCAGGUGAGUCCAUGGUCAGGCAGUUCCUGGAGGGCCAGCGCUUCUUUAACCAAGAGUUUGGGAUGCAUUGCAAAGAGUUCUGGCUUCCAGAUACAUUUGGCUAUUCCGCUCAACUUCCUCAGAUAAUGCAGGGUUGUGACAUUUCCAACUUUUUGACACAGAAGCUGAGCUGGAAUCUGGUCAACACCUUUCCUCACAACACAUUUUUCUGGGAAGGUCUGGAUGGAUCCAAGGUUUUAACACAUUUCCCUCCCGGAAAUUCCUACGAAAUGAAAGGAAAGAUUGAAGACCUUGUGAAAACAAUAAAAAGUAACAAAGACAAAGGCAGAGCCAACCACAGUGCGUUGUUGUUUGGAUUUGGUGAUGGCGGAGGCGGACCCACACAGCUGAUGCUAGACAGACUGCACCGGCUUCAGGACACAGAUGGGCUUCCCAAAGUCCAGAUAUCCAGUCCUGAUGAGCUUUUCUCACAGCUUCGGGCUGACUCAGCUCUGCUGUGCACGUGGACCGGAGAACUUUUUCUGGAGCUGCACAAUGGCACCUACACCACACAGGCACAGAUUAAACGAGGGAACCGCCAGUGUGAGAGCCUCCUUCAUGAUGUGGAGGUAGCCAGCAGCUUGGCCCUGUGUCGGGAGAGGACAUUUAAGUAUCCUGUGGAAAAACUGCAGGAGCUCUGGAGGCUGCUGCUUCUAAACCAGUUCCAUGAUGUGAUCCCUGGCAGCUGCAUAGAGAUGGUUGUGGAGGAUGCACUCAGGUAUUAUGAAGAUAUCCGUAGUGAUGGUACUGCACUGCUGCAUGAGGCGUGUGGAGCCCUUGGGUCCAAAGGAAACGGUGUCGGUGUGUUCAACUCUCUGCCAUGGGAGCGCCAUGAAGUCAUCCAAAUUCAAGAUGGUGCUGGUAAACCUGAUCUUGCUCUGGUGAGAGUCCCCAGUGUCGGUUUAUCUCCUGUCAAAGACGCACAGCCGAUGACUCCAGUCUCUGUCACUGUUCAGGCCGAUGGCACCGUCCUCAUGGAGAACGAGACUUUACGGACUGUUGUAAACAAAGAUGGCACUUUGGCUUCACUGUGUUUAAUCAAUACAAACAGAGAAGCCAUCUCUGACAGCUGCCAUGGGAACCAGUUUGUCAUGUUUGAUGAUGUCCCACUGUACUGGGAUGCUUGGGAUGUAAUGGACUACCAUCUUCAGACAAGGAAGCCGGUGCUGGAGGUGGUGCAGCCUGUCCAUGUGGUGUCCUCAGGUGGGCUACGAGGGAGUGUCAGCUUCACCCUCAGGAUCAGUGAUAAAAGCACCGUCACACAGGAGAUUGUCGUGGACGCCAUGUGUCCUUACAUCAAAUUCAACACAGAGGUGAAGUGGGCAGAGUCACACAAGUUUCUCAAGGUGGAAUUCCCGGUGCGAGUGCACAACCCCAAUGCAACAUACGAGAUCCAGUUUGGCCAUCUGCAGAGACCAACACACAGGAACACUUCAUGGGACUGGGCCAGAUUUGAGGUUUGGGGUCACAAGUGGGCUGACUUGUCAGAGCACAACUUCGGAGUUGCACUGCUGAAUGACUGCAAAUACGGUUAUUCAGUCCACAAGAACACAAUGACGCUGUCCCUACUGAGAGCACCUAAGGCCCCAGAUGCCAAUGCUGACAUGGGGACUCACCAUUUCACCUAUGCAAUCAUGCCACAUACAGGAUCCUUCCAAGACGCCUCUGUGAUCCAGUGUUCGUACAACCUCAACUUCCCUCUGAGGUUAAUCCACUGCACUCCUGACACUGUGCCCUGGAGUGCCUUUUCUGUCAGCACUGAAGCAGUCGUCCUGGAAACCAUUAAGCAGGCCGAGGACCGGAAGGGAGCACUUGUAGUCCGCCUGUACGAGUCACAUGGGAGCAGUGCGACUGCAACUCUCUGCACCACCCUUUCAAUGAAGGAGGCAUGGCAUUGUGACCUCUUGGAGAGACACACCCAACCAGCAUACAUUACAUCAGAGGGAAUUACUCUGAACUUCAGCCCCUUUCAAAUUGUGUCACUUCUUCUCAUCUUGUGAUUAUCAAGUCUUGGGGAGAUCACAUCUGGAAUACUGAUUAAAUAGCGACUCCUGGCCAACUAAUGAAAUCAAACUUUUGUUCAGAGGUACAUCUGUAGACUUUAAUACAAGCCAAGCAAAAAAAACAAAAUAAAAUAAAGACUGUU